UGUUGCUACGGCGACAGGACGCCAGCAGUGUGAAACUGCUGGUCGCUAUCGAGACGAGAAGUUCACGAAGACGCUCGGCGAAUGUUUCAGUGGAAGGUGUCCGACUAAAUAUUGAACACCGUCGAAGUCCGUAUUUUCUAUCACAAAUGCAGUGCUACAAUUAUUGAAACAAGCGCGAGCAUGUUAGCAUUAAAAGCAACGAAGUCCCAACGAGCUAACAAACCCUCUCGAGCAUCCCUUCAAAACUUUACGGAAAGACUGCCAUACGAGAUCCAAAAUAAGAUCUUGUCCUACCUGGAUGCUGGCACACUACUCUGCAUCAGCCAAGUCAGUAAAAUCUUCUAUCAACUUGCCAAUGAUGUGGCAUUAUGGAGAAAUAUAUUCAAGAGGCUGCUAAACAAGAAGCCAAUGCGCAUGGUUGGGGAGAUGCUGGAGAAGACCACAUUGGAGGCUCAAGAUCAGCCUUCAGGUUACUGGAAGCUACGUUACUUUAAAACUCUGGAUGCGUGGAAUAGGAGGAAGUGGAAAACACACAUUGGAGUCAUUAGCCGUCACACAGGGUUGCCCAGUCGCACAGUUCAGAUGCUCAGAAACAUAACCUGGGAGCUGACGGUCAUGGACAAAUCAAAGAACGAAGCCACAUAUGAUCUCAGCUGGCUCCAGUUCUUUGAGAGCUCUGCGGUGCUGUGCUGGGAUGGGAGCCUCUGGCCCGACUUCCAUCAAAUUUCCACCGUUCAGCUCCACGGCGUCAGGAGAGUAGCCCUCAACUGCCCCGGACUCAAGGCGCCUGGCUGGAGGUCCCUCAUGGAUGUGGUAGACAUGGAGAGUCUGACUAAAACCAUGCAGGACUGUGGCCGGGAUCAACUAGUUGAACUGAAGCUAUUGAAGCAUGAUGUUGUCAUGGGGCUUUGGAAGGAGCGACACAGUGUUGCCUUUGUCAUGUUCACACUUCACUUCUGUAGACUACUGGAGAGAAGUACCCAGGGAUCCUCUCUUUGUCCCUACGUGGAGCCCGUGGUCAAAGCCCCAUUUGAUGACAUCGACCCUGAUUAUGGUCUCCAUGGUUACCAGCUAAACAUCGUUCUCCACAGCACUGAAUGUGAGAUCAUGUCUGCAAGUUUCUCUCAGUUAUUCUGCCGAAGAGAUCAGAUCUGCGAUGGCCACGUUCGACUUACAGCCGUUAAUGACACCUGCUUUUCGCAGCACACACCUCUAUCAGGAAAUGUCACUCUGCCCUGGAGGUGUGAGGCACUGCGGGGCGAAGUAAAGGAUCGCUGUAUCAUGACUCUGACUCUUCUUGAUGAGUUCAACAAACCCUUUUGGUGCGUCAGCACGCCAGUUGUCAUGAAGCACCUAGAGAUGCCAUGUUCACUUUUCUAUUCCGCGGAACACUUCCUCAUGCACUAUCGGGACUCAGAGGGUCAAGUAUUGAUGAAAUUUGUGCGGAUGGAGCAGCAGAAACAGUUUUUCCUCAUCAAUUUAGCAGUUUAUGUGACAACCUGCAAAGUCAACAAGUACUUCAGAAAACAAUACUGAACAUUUACUGCUUCACAAUUGGAUUGACCUUUCUUUAUUAAAUCA